UAUUAACCAGUAUCAAGCCACACCACAGCUCAGACGGACGAGGUUCGUCGCAAACUACCAAGAAUUUUUUCUUGUCUUUUACACAGGAAUGAGAAGCAGCGACUUUGUAAUAGGAGAGGAGCUCGGCCGUCGUGUUAUUUGACGGUGCUGCUGCUCGUCCCUCGAAGGGCUCGUUGAAUGAAACCUACUGAAACUGGCCAUCAUCGCAACUGACGGGCUCGGGGGAAACGGACAAACGGCCAAAGUGAAUACCGCGAAGUGUGCUGGAGAAAGAAAGUGCAAAGAAAGUGUCAAUAAAGUGUCAGAGGAGAAUUGUUUUUUAAUGUGGUGGCGGUUGUAGUGUGGUCCAAUGUUGACCUCGUAUGGUUCACGAGCCAGAGUCAACUCUAGUAGCAAGAGGUGGUUGUCCAGUGGUCGUUGAACGGAUGCGUGUUGGUGGUGAAAGUGGAGGGGAAAUGGAAAAGUCGGGUCUUCUAGUUCUCGGGGAAGAGAGUCGCUCCCGGCUGCUUUCUCCGCUCCCCAUCGAAAAUGAGUACACGGUGGAACUUCAACCCUUUGCCAGAGGAAAGUUUGCAACCGUAAAGAGGGCUCAUAGUAAAAUGAAUUCGAGCGUUUCUGCAGCCAAAUACAUCCGCAAACGAAGACGGGCUUCUACAGAAGAGAUCUGGCAUGAAAUAUGCGUCCUUGAUAAAUCUCGGGAUUGUCCUUAUAUUGUUCAUUUAUAUAUGGUAUAUGAAACUCCUCUGGACACAAUCCUACUCCUUGAAAUGGCUGAGGGUGGAGAUUUACAAACAGUUCUGGAUUCUGAAGAAUUCUUGGAAGAGUUUAUAUGCCGAGAGGUUUUAAGGGAUGCUUUACGUGGACUCCAAUUCCUUCAUUCUCAUUCUAUAGCACAUUUGGAUAUCAAGCCUCAAAAUUUGGUCGUUACUGGCUGUUUACCGGGAGGUCACGUCAAGUUGUGUGAUUUUGGCUUAAGUCGCCAUCUCUCGAGUUGCGCCGAGGUUAGAGAAUUGUUAGGAACUCCAGAAUAUGUUUCGCCAGAAGUAUUAAAUUAUGAGCCCUUGACCCUCGCUACUGACUGCUGGGCUUCAGGAGUUUUAACCUAUGUCCUUCUCUCGGGAAUCUCUCCAUUUGGAGGUGACUGCAAACAAGAGACUUAUCUAAAUAUUUCCCAGCGGUCCUUAUCCUUUCCCCUUCCUUACUUUUCUAACGUUUCAUCCUUUGCCAUUGACUUCAUUGAGCAACUACUAGUUCUCAAACCGAGUGGUCGUCUGACUCCAGAUUUGUGCCUUCAACACCCGUGGCUUUACAUAGAAAGAAAUUCAAAUAUUUUUGUUCCUGAACCCAACAACAAUAACAGAGAGAAUAGUCUUAUUAAAUCAACUUCACUAGAAGUGAUACCACCAGAAAUAAAUGGGAACGCUAUGCAGGAGACUUCCAGCUUAGCAAAUGGUGGAGAUAAUAGGGGACAACCGAAUGAUGAAAUUGACUCAGGCAUAGGUUCAGAAGACGACCAUAGACGUAAUUUGAGUUGGGCAAGAUUGGAUGAAGUGCUGGAAAGUGAGCAAAAAAUUUCUCAUAACCCCGAUUGGUUAACUUUAGAAGAUCCAACGCUAGAAGAUCCUGCUAGAAAUAUUUGGCCAAAUAGAAAGAAAAAAUGUAGCUGGGAAGCGGAAUGUACUGGUGCCGUUCUUCGUGCAUUAGAUCAGCUAGAAAGAAAACGAGGUGGUGUAACCAAGCAAGCCAGUUUACUAAGAGCCUAUGGGGAUCGUAGCCAGGUCAUAUCCAAGGAGGAAGUGGGGGAGGGUCAAGUUGUUAUUCGCGAAUUCCGUCAACUGCCACGAGCUCCUGCUCUACUUACGAAACAUUCUGAAUUAACUUGUGACUCUAUUUCAACCAGAAUCAACAAACUAUUUAACUAAUAUUAUAUAGCUUAUUGCUACUAAUUUUAUGCAUGUUAAUCAAGCAAAUCUCAAAUCAAGGUUCUACAAAUACUAAUAAUAGAUAAAAUAAAAAUAAAAUGCACAACAUUUUUGAA